CUGCUUCAUGUACCCAUACAGUCAGUAGCUUCAUCUGAAGAGAGUUGCCAUUUGGUCCAUUGACCCGCUUGAUCAAUGCCAAUGCCGGUGGUCAGAAUGGUAAGCCGAUGGGGGCCGAAAGUGGUCCUUUUGUUGCUUCUGUAUGUUUGGGCCAUCAGGUCUCGACGCUCGGUCCGGAUCAUGGUUGAUGAAUGUGACUGUGAAAAGAAUGUGAGAUCCGUCCAUUCCAUCGGUGAUUGGCAAUCGUGGUUUCAAGCUCAGGACCAUCCCAAGGGGAUGUGUUCCAAAGAGGUGGAGAAAUUGGGCUGUGGCCAAAAAGUGUUCAGCUACACCCUCUUCGAAGGAGAAACUUUCGACCUUGAGCGGCGAAAUUAUUCCACGGGUUUGUCGAAUCCUUGAUCUGUGAUUGAACCUUCUGACUGUCUUGAUAACUUGUUAGGCACGAUGGUCCUGGUCAAAAAUGCAUGAUGUGUCAACUUCAACAUAUUGGAGCUGAACCAAAUGUAAGAUAAUGCAAUAGGGUGAACUAACAUUUUCGAAACAACUACUCAAAUGACAAGGAAAAGCACUUGGCUCAAUGAUUUUCGGUUAAUGAAAUACCACCUCCUCUUUGAAUGAAAUCAAGUUGAAAUUGCCUUUUGAAAGUUCAAAUAAAUCAAUUUCGCCCCAAUGGCAGAAAAAAACUCACCAUUAACGGAGAGGAUGAAAAUAACCCCAAUCAAAUUGAUACUAUGUGAGCCAAUAUAUUUGAUCGAAAGUUAUCAAGACAAUACCGGUGCCGUUAACAAAUCUUGGCCAUUUCAGGAAUAAGGAAGAACUUGAUAGCCAUCAACAAUUUUUUCCCGGAUUUCCGAAUGCGAGUUUAUUUCGAACUCGAUCAUCCCGAGUCGAGAGCUGGUCUUUGUCGAAUUGCUUGUCAAGAACCAAAGUUGGACAUUUGCGACAUUUCAACAACAUCAAAUCCAAAUGGAGCCCACAAGCUAUACCCACUUGUGUGGAGAUUCCUGCCCCUCCUUGACCGACAAGUGGAUUGGCUGUUUUCCAGGGACUUGGACUCGAUGAUAACGUCCCGAGAGCAAUCCGCCAUUUUGGAGUUCAUGAAUCGCCCGGACAAAAGCUUCCACACGAUGAGAGAUCAUCCAAACCAUCAAAAUAAGAUUAUGGGUGGCCUCUGGGGCGUGAAGUUGAUCAAUGAAACCUUCCGAUCUCAAAUGGAGGAGGCUUUCAUGGGUUUGCUUACUGAUCCUGUGGCAUAUCGACCCCGAACCAAACGAGGUGCAGAUCAGUUCUUGCUCAUGAGGCAUAUAUGGAAAUUGGUCCAAGGCAAGCCAUUGUUGUCUCAUGAUAGUUACUCGUGCGGAAAAUAUAAUGACACAAUUGGAUUCCCCACUCCACGGAAGAGACAGGUUGCCAAUAACUUUGUGGGGGCUGUUUUGGAAAUGAAUUUGACCCUGGAUAUCCCUUGUCCUAUCAAUUGCCGGCGAAUGGGACAUCCAGAUUGGACAUAUUGCUGAACCAUUCUGGAACAAUUGGCCAAGAAAUUACUGUCUUUGGAAUUGAAUGAAGCUAACGCCAAUGAAGUGCUUGAUGCUUGAUCUUGAGUGGAAUACAUGACUCGAACCAAAUCUAAAAUGCUUAUAAAAAACACGACAGGGCUAAGGGAUAGUCC